AUGCCGUCAGCACCGGGGGCACAGCGGCGCUUGGUUCCGGCCAAGCGCCGAAUUCAACUCGUGCUCGAAAACGGGCUCCUGGCACAGAACUGCCAUUUGGCUGGCAGUCCAGGGUGCGCUCAAAAACACGACCGGCAGGCUUUUUGCAACUGGACAGGUCAGACGUAUCGAAACGUGUGUCCUCAGACGAAGACUAAAGUAUGCAGCUCAACAGGAGAGCGUGUAUGCCUGUGUGAAGAUGGAUACUACCGGCAACGAUUCUAUUACGAAUGCGUGACGCUGAGAAAUUGCGUCAAGAGGGAAGUCGCACAUAUCCAGCUGCUUUGUGCCGCGAGCACCCUCUAUAUGGUUGGGGCGUCUACAAAUCUGGUUGACCCAAAUAAGGCGAAGUGUGUCCGAUCUCAAUUUGUCGCCACACACCGUGGGGGAUGUCGCCGCUACGUCCAGUUCUUCAAGAACUUCGCAACAGCGAAGAGCCCAGUAUGGUCCAUCGUGUACGUACAAUUGUAA